UAGAAGCUCUUCUUCUCCACCAACAGUCACACUUUCAGACCACUGAUAUCUGACAGACAUGGAGUCCACCUCCGUACUUCUUCUGGCCGUCUUGGUGAUAUCAGUCUGGACAAUAAGUGAAACAGGCCGGGUGACACUUGACGAUGAAAACCAGCUGGAGGGCUCCGCGGAGGGGCUUCCAGGGAUGUGCUGGGGGUGUAAGUGGAUGCUGAAGAAGGUGAAGGCAGCUUUAGGAAACACCACCAAAGUGGAGAAAAUAAAAUCUCAGCUCUUAAAUGUUUGUGAUAAAAUUGGAUUACUGCGAUCUCAGUGCAAAAAAUUUGUUGCAAAAAACCUUGAUGUUCUAACUGAGGAGCUCACAACUACAGACGAUGUGAGGACGAUCUGCGUGAACGUGAGAGCGUGCAGGCCAAAGGAGCUACUAGAUCUGACCCCCCUAAAUGAAGAACCAUUCAUGGAGGUCAAUUCCAUCCCCUAAGAUCGCAACUUUUUACAGCUUUAGAAAUCUUUUGCAAUAAAAAUACAUUCUGCGUAACCCUUGUGUUAUCGUAGGCACUAUAACGUUGGGAGUUGGGUCAUCUAAACCCACUAGACCAGUGGUUCCCGAACUUUUUCUGCAGGGCCCCCCCACACUGACACAAACAUACAAAUCCUUUGUUUCUAGACUCCACCGCGCCCCCCAGUUUGGGAACCACUGCACUAAACAGUGCGCUGAACAUUUUUUCCUUCAAUGAUUUGUGAUUUUUACUGGUGUCCAUGGAUUACAUAAAAUCCUCUCUAC